AUGCGCGCGCGGCUGGUGCUGAACGGGCUGACGGCGGAGCUGGGCGCGGCGCGCGCCGGCCCGCCCGCCUCGCCCGAGCCCUACCACGAGCUGGAGCUGUACCGCCAGCUGCUGGCGCUGCCGAGCCGCGCGCGCACGCCCGACCCCGAGCCUCCACCACGCGAGGAGCCGGCGCGGCGGUGCCGCACACCCGCGCCGGCGCGCGCCCGCCCCGCAGCACGCGCCGCCGCACGCCCCGCUAAGGUGAGCACAGCAGCUGCUGGUACACACUGCAGCCUCGCAACCACAAGCAGUACUGACGGAUUGCCUAAUUGA